AUGUCGAUGAGCUUCCUGAGCAUGGUGGAGACGGAGCUGCCGCCGGGGUUCCGGUUCCACCCGAGAGACGACGAGCUCAUCUGCGACUACCUCGCGCCCAAGGUCACCGGCAAGGUCGGCUUCUCCGGCCGCCGCCCGCCCAUGGUCGACGUCGACCUCAACAAGGUCGAGCCAUGGGACCUCCCUGUGACUGCAUCGGUGGGCGGCAAGGAAUGGUAUUUCUAUAGCCUAAAGGAUCGGAAAUACGCGACGGGGCAGCGCACGAACCGAGCUACUGUGUCGGGAUACUGGAAGGCGACCGGGAAGGAUAGGGUGGUGGCACGACGAGGCGCCCUUGUGGGGAUGAGGAAGACAUUGGUGUUCUACCAAGGGAGGGCCCCUAAAGGGAGGAAGACUGAGUGGGUGAUGCAUGAAUACAGGUUGGAGGGUGCACAUGAGCAAGCUUCCAAGGAUAGUGAACAGGAGGACUGGGUCCUGUGCAGAGUCAUCUGCAAGAAGAAAUCAGGAGUUGGUGCCACCCCCAGGCCAAGGAACCUCACCAACAUUGUCCAUGGCACAUCCACAGACACCUCCUCACCGCCACUGCCACCUCUCAUGGACACCACCCUAGCACAGCUCCAGGCCACCAUGAACACCUCCUCAGCCGCCGCCGCCGCCGCAGCACUUGAGCAAGUGCCCUGCUUCUCCAGCUUCAGUAAUAACAGUGCCAGCAACAGCAGCUACCUCCCCAUGGUGACAGGCAACAGUAAUGGCAUGAGCUACCUGGACCAUGGCCUGCCUGACUUUGGGAGCUACCUAGACCCCGCCAUGAACUGUGACAAGAAGGUCCUUAAGGCAGUGCUGAGCCAGCUGAGCUCCAUGGGUGGUGAGGUGGUGCCGAGCAUGUCUCCUCAGAUGGCUGCUGUAGUGAGCUCUACUUGGAACCACUUCUAG